AUGGCGAAGCUGCAUAUCAAGUUUGAUGAGGAUGAGGCGGCGCCUCCUACUAAUACGCAGUCGGAGUCGACAGAGACCGCACGUCAAAAAGGGAAAAAGCGAUCCGCCGCCGAAGCAUUCAAGUCACAAACCAAAGACACGUUAAACGCCAAAGACAAGCCACAAACCAAAACGGUCAGCGACACACUCAAACAUCACCGAUUGAGCACCGCGAAGACUGGCGGCUCCGGGGUUGCGCAAAGUAAAGUGGUGAAUUUCUCAGACACCAACCAUGAUGGUAAUGACGAUAAUGAUCGGGAUGGAAACAAUCUCGAGGCUACGGUUCAAAUCAAUAAUCGACAUUCCAACCUCAGAGAACGAGCACGACAAUUACUUUCUACCCGCCAACAGUUGCCAAUCUACAGCCACGCAGAUCACAUACGACAGAAACUCCGAGAGCACGAUGUUUUGUUACUAGUCGGAGAGACUGGAUCCGGCAAAUCGACACAGAUCCCACAGUUCCUCGUCAACGAGUCGUGGUGUCGAAAGCGAAAGACGACAAACAAAGGUUCAGUAGGCGGUUGUAUCGCCAUCACGCAGCCGCGGAGGGUUGCGGCCAUCUCGCUGGCCCGCCGGGUCGCCGAAGAAAUGGGCACACCGUUGGGCAACUCGAGCCCCGCGUCGCAGGUGGGCUAUUCGGUGCGCUUUGAGAAUAGCACGAGUCCGUCCACGCGGAUAAAGUUCUUGACUGAGGGCAUGUUGUUGCAGGAGAUGUUGCGCGACCCUUGGUUGAAGGAGUAUUCGGCCGUCGUGGUCGAUGAGGUCCAUGAGCGCGGUGUUAAUGUUGAUCUUGUGCUGGGGUUUUUAAGGCGCAUGCAUGAUUUGAGAAGUAAAGAUGAUGGACGGGGUGGGGUUCCCAUGAAGGUUGUGGUCAUGAGUGCGACGGCGGAUAUGGAGAAGAUUAGUGGCUUUUUUAACGGCCAGCAGCAGCAGCAGGCAGAGCCAGGGGUGGGCAAGUCUAUCGAAGAGCAGUCGACGUCUUCCAACACCGCAGCCUUGUCUGGAGCUCCUCCUAUCAAUGGAGCGAAACCGGAAAAGCAGAAGAAUACUAGCACAGCCACGUCCCUCUUCAUCAAAGGACGCCAACACCCCGUGACAAUCAACUACACGCCCUCUCCAGUCCCAGACAUUCUGGACGCAGCAUAUGAGCGCAUCAUGCACAUCCACUCUCACUCACCCUUGCCAGGCGACAUACUGGUCUUCCUGACGGGCCAAGAAACAGUCGAAUCUCUAAUGAGUCUGGUGACGAACUGGGCGACCAGCAUUCAAAAAGACCCCAAACUAUCACGCCAACUACCCAAACUUCUGAUCUUGCCACUUUACGCGGCACUCCCAUCACACAUGCAACAACGGGUAUUCCAGCCCACACCGAAAUUCACACGCAAAAUCAUUCUCGCCACCAACAUUGCGGAAACCAGCAUCACGGUUCCCGGGAUCCGAUACGUCAUUGACACAGGAAAAGCUAAACAACGACUAUUUCGUCCCUCGUUGAAUUUGGACACAUUGCUCACCGUGCCUAUCUCGCGUAGUUCGGCGAACCAGCGAGCCGGCCGAGCCGGUCGAGACGCCCCAGGAACAGCGUACAGAUUAUAUACCGAGUCGGACUUUUAUCGAUUGCCGCAGGACACUGAGCCCGAGAUCCUGAGGUGUGAUUUGAGCCAAUUGGUCUUGACGCUCAAGGCACAUGGAAUUGAUGAUUUGUUGGGGUUUCCGUUCUUAACGUCUCCGCCGCGACGGGCAUUGGAGCGCGCAAUGAUUCAUCUAGUUCAGUUGACUGCGCUAGACACAACGACUGGGAAAAUUACACCACUGGGGAGGGACAUGAGUGGAUUGCCGCUCCCGGCGAGUCUAGCGCGUGUUUUGCUAGCUAGUGCCGAGCCAGAAUUUGAUUGUGUCGAUGAGAUUGUGGAUAUUGUGUCGGCGCUGAGUGUGGAGAAUGUGUUUUUAAACAUUCACAGAAAUCAAUCGGAUGGGUUGCAGAACGAUAACACCAGACGAGGAGAAGGGGAUGGGGAUGGUGAUGUGGAUGCAGACGCCGAAAACGAAACCCGCGAAGCCCGCGCCGAGCGAUACCGUCGCGUCCUGUUCCGGCGCGAAGGCGACCAUUUGACUCUCCUUGCCACCAUGCAAGCGUACGCCGCGGAACAGAGUGAUCGCCGCCGCUGGUGUGAGGAAAGAUUUAUUUCUCAUCGCGCCAUGAGCAGUGCCAUGGACGUAAGGAAGCAGUUGACUGCGUUGAUGGCGCAGAGGAUGAAAAAGAACAGAAAUAAGAAGGGGAAACGUGAAGGUAAAGGAGAGACGAGCGGAGAUGGAAAGGAAAAUGGCACUGUGUCUCCGUCAGAUGUUGAUGUCUCGUCCCGCGAUCCUACGACUUUGCCAGCUCGGAUUCUCAAAUGCAUCCUCACUGGGUUUCAUGCCAAUGUCGCCCGUCUGAGUCCCGACGGCUCAUACCGUACUGUUUUGACGAAUCAGCCUGUGGCGAUACAUCCUAGCAGUGUCUUGUUUUCGGCUGGUGGUGGAGGGGGAGGAGGACCAAAGAAAUUCGAAGGUAUCGUGUACAACGAGUUCGUGUACACUGGCACCAAGGCAUAUGCCAGGGGCGUGAGUGCCGUUGAAAUGAGGUGGUUGGGGGAGAUUUUAAAUCGGUCAUCGAAAUGA